UCAUAACAAGUUUCAAGGCCAUUCUAGUAUUGUAAUUUUGAAAUUCUCUGUUUGGGAUGUUUUUGGAUUACCAUGCGCUGCAUGCCGGGAUACAUCUCCGUGUUGACACAAAAUGGUCGAGUAUGUUCUGUGACCCGGGAGUUUAGCAGGCCUAAAACCAAACUUUUAUCGUAUUAUUCGACACGCAGAACAUCCAUUCAAAUAGUAUAUACCGAAGAUAGUGUUAUAGCAAGGACAUUGAUACAGCAUGAGAGCAAGACUGGCGAAGGAAAGCUGAUUUGGCCACAGACAGAAAGUCCGACCCUGCAUGACUCGGAUACCACUCACAGGACACAGUUACCUACACCAUAGAGGACACUAAACCAAGCCGAAUGAAGAGAGUGGCUGCAAAGCAUCUAAUUGAGCGGUACUUUCGCCAGUUAACAGAGGGCUGUGGAAAUGGGGCCUGCACCAAUGAGUUCUGUGCUUCGCAUCUUGGUUUUCAACCGCUGGAUCACAACACAGCGGCUAUCAGAGCCCUGGAGCUGUGUAAAAUGAACGCCAAACUGUGUGGUCACCCCUCCGCUGUCUUCCCUGACAACAACAGUGCCAAAGAGACACAACCUGCCUUAUUGGGUGACCACCACGGGAAGAUGACAGACCACAAAGACCACCUGUUUCCCCCUAGGGAAGACUUCAGAGAGGUGCAUUACCUGACAGAAGAGAAGGUGUAUGAGAUCCUGAGUAUCUGUGAGGGGAAGAAGGACUACUCUCCUCUGAUCCGAGUCAUCGGGAGGAUCUUCUCCAGCGCAGAGGGUCUGGUGCAGAGCUUCAGGAAAGACAAGGAACAACACCCCAACACCAAGGAGCAGCGCAAGACCCACCAGGCCAAAGAUGAGGACAAGGACGAGGACGACAAGGAGAGAACCAGCGCCAUGGAGCAGGAAUCAGAGGAAUCAGAGGCCUCUGCGUCCAUGGAGGGAGCGACGGGAGCGACGGAGAACACACUGGGUCCUGUAGAGGUAUCAGUGGACAUAGAAGCUGUCAGGAGAGUGUACGACAGACUCCUCUCCAACGAGAAGAUGGAAGCAGCCUUCCUCAACGCGCUGGUCUACCUGACCCCCAACGUAGAGCUGGAUCUAACCUAUCUAGACGUCUACGACACCAACCCAGACUACCUAAACAUCUUCAUCAUCGUGAUGGAGAACAGCAACCUCCACAGCCCAGAGUACCUGGAGAUGGCUAUGCCCCUGUUCUGUAAGUGCAUGAGUAAACUCCCGCUGCCUGCCCGGGCCAAGCUGACGCGCCUGUGGUCUCAGUACAGUGUAGAACACAUCAGAAGUAUGAUGGAGACCUUCCAGCAGCUCAUCACCUACACGGUAAUCAGCAACGAGUACGACAGCGACAGUCUGGUGAACGAUGACGAGUGUGUGGUAGCCGCUGCCAAGUGUCUGAAGCUGGUGUUCUACGCCAACGUCCUGGGAGGAGACCUGGAUACGGGUCACAACGAGGAGGAGGAGGAGGAAGAGGAGGCAUCAGAGUCCAGCGAGCUCACUCUGCAGGACCUCCUGGGGGAGGAGAGGAGGAACAAGAAGGGGCCCCGGGUCGACCCUCUGGAGAAGGAGCUGGGUGUCAGGACCCUGGACUGCAGACGACCCCUAAUUCCCUUCGAGGAGUUUGUCAACGAGCCGCUAAACGAUGUUCUAGAGAUGGACAAGGACUUCACCUUCUUCAAGGUGGACUCCGAGAGUAAGUUCUCCUUCCAGACCUGCCCAUUCAUCCUCAACGCCUGCACAAAGAGCCUGGGUCUUUACUACGACAACCGCAUCAGUAUGUACAGCGAGAGGAGGAUCACUGCCCUCUACAGCCUGGUGCAAGGACAGCAGCUCAACCCAUACCUCCGGCUCAAAGUACGGCGAGACCACAUCAUCGACGACGCCCUCGUCAGGUUGGAGAUGAUCGCCAUGGAGAACCCAGCGGACCUGAGGAAGCAGCUUUUUGUGGAGUUUGAAGGAGAGCAGGGCGUCGACGAGGGAGGGGUGUCCAAAGAGUUCUUCCAGUUAGUGUUGGAGGAGAUGUUCAACCCUGAUAUUGGCAUGUUUACGUAUGAUGAGUCCACCAAGCUGUUCUGGUUCAACCCGUCCUCUCUGGAGAACGAGGCCCAGUUCACCCUGAUAGGCAUCGUCCUGGGCCUGGCCAUCUACAACAACUGCAUCCUGGAUGUUCACUUUCCCAUGGUGGUCUACAGGAAACUGAUGGGGAAGAAAGGCACCUUUCUGGACCUGGCAGACUCACACCCGGUUCUGUACCAGAGUCUGAAGGAGCUGCUUGGGUAUGAGGGGAACGUGGAGGAGGACAUGAUGAUCACCUUCCAGAUCUCACAGACUGACCUGUUUGGAGACCCCAUCACUUACGACCUGAGGGAACACGGGGACAAGAUACCUGUUAGUGCGGACAAUAGGAAGGAGUUUGUCUCUCUGUAUGGUGAUUACAUACUUAAUAAGAGUGUGGAGCGCCAGUUCAAAGCCUUCAGAAGGGGCUUCCAGAUGGUCACUAACGAGUCACCGCUCAAGUGUUUAUUUAGACCUGAAGAGGUAGAGCUACUUAUCUGUGGAAGCAGGAAUUUAGACUUUCAGGCACUUGAAGAAACGACCGAGUAUGACGGAGGCUACAGCAAGGAUUGUCGCGUUAUUAAAGACUUCUGGGAGACGGUGCACUCGUUUGGUGAGGAGGAUAAGAGACUGUUCCUCCAGUUUACUACAGGGACCGACAGAGCACCAGUGGGAGGCCUGGGCAAGCUGAAGAUGAUCAUCGCCAAGAACGGCCCCGACACAGACAGGUUACCUACAUCUCACACCUGUUUUAAUGCUUUGCUGCUCCCUGAAUACGAUUCGAAGGAGAAGCUGAAGGAGAGACUUCUCAAAGCCAUCACUUAUGCCAAAGGAUUUGGAAUGCUGUGACAUAAAAAAAAAAAAAAAAGACAACUCUGCAAAAAAACAAAACAAACUUCUCUUCAAUGGUUUUAUGUUUUAUAAUGGAGAAGGAUGCAACGAAAGUGGCAUUACGACAAGGAAGUGCUCCAGUGACUGUGUGCCUGAACAGCAACUAGACUCAACUAGCAGACAGACACUUCGAUCUAGGCCCCCCCCUCAGAUCCCGUUAAUGUACGUAAAACCUCCUCCUUACUUUCUAGGUUUUUCAAAUAGUUUAAAUCAGUUAUAGUUCUGACUGGAGCUCGCUGGGUUUAUUUGAUGUGUUUAUUAAAGAUUUAAGAAGAAGCAGGUUAUCAUUGAUUGUUGUGAAAGUGCACUUAACUAGACCUUCAGAAUGUUUGUGAAUGGUAUAUACAGUACUGUAUACUGCCUUCAGAUGACAUUUUGUACGUUUAUGGUAUUCUUUAAUGCCAGCAGUGUUGUCGGUAACACUUCCUAAUAUAAUACCCUCUUCAUAAUGCAUUGAAAGUACAUUUAUAUAAUGUCUUAUGAGCUGUGCAUAAUGCAUUACAAUGCCUGACAUAGGUGUUUAUAGCUGCUCAUAGACUUCUAUAAUGCUUUGUUUCAAGUUUUAUUGUCACGUGCAAAAGUACUAUGAAAUACCUUUCACUGUACUUGAAGUGGGUGUUUUAUAUGAAGUGUUGGCAUGGCGUCGUCGAGGUGACAGGACUGUUCUAAACGGGGGGUAGUGUUGGCAUGGCGUCGUCGAGGUGACAGGACUGUUCUAAACGGGGGGGUAGUGUUGGCAUGGCGUCGUCGAGGUGACAGGACUGUUCUAAACGGGGGGUAGUGUUGGCAUGGCGUCGUCGAGGUGACAGGACUGUUCUAAACGGGGGGGUAGUGUUGGCAUGGCGUCGUCGAGGUGACAGGACUGUUCUAAACAGUACACCAAUGCAGUGUUCCUGUUCUGCUAUAAGCUAUGCAAAUGGAACCCUAUUCCCUACAUAGUGCACUACUUUUAACCAGUGGUCCACAUAGGGAAUAGGGGGCCAUUUGAGACGCAGGCUAUGUAUCAUGGAGUUGCAUCACUGCUGCUACUUUGGUAAAUCACUCUGCUACUUUUGGCUGCAGUCCUGCAUCUUAACUCGUUCUGAUGUGUUGAAUAGCUUUGCUGUUUAAACAUACAUAGAUGUUUUUGCAAUGUUCAUUUUGUAUGACAGAACAGAACACUGUCAGCCCUGAUGGAGUGCUUUCACAUUUUUAUUUUUUUUCUCGCAUGGUUACAGACAUAAAGUAAAUAAUUAGCUUUGCAACGCUCCAGUGAAUUGUCGGGUCAUUUUAAUAGUUUGGUAGCUGUGCUCUCACUUACAGUUGCAAAAUUCUUUUUUGAAAUGCUUUUCCCAAAAUUCCUUGGUUUCCCAGAAAUCCCGGUUGGAAGAUUCCCAGAAUCAGGAGGGAAUAAAGAGGAAAUCCUGAAUGUUCCAACCAGGUGUUCUGGAAAACCUGGGAAUAUUGGGAUUGUUACCAGAAUUGUGCAACCCUAAUCUGACUUCACAGUUAAUCUGACCCAGAUACUGUGAAAUAUUGACUUGGAUAAAUGUUUUUUUGCACUCACUGCUAUAAUAAUACCACUGAAUUGAUGUGCCACGUCCAUGCUCCAAACAGUGUGUUAUUCCCUUAAGUAUUUUGGUUCGUUCAUGUUUGAUUGAUUUGGUGUGACCGGUUUGGUUUUCUUGGCCAUUAAAGCUGUACACCUGAAAGCCUCCCAAGCCAUGCAGAACGUUUUGGUUUAAUAUCCUAUGGUGUUUACAACAGUCUUGGAAAGGAAGGGAAGUACAGUGCCUUCAGAAAGUAUUCAUACCCCUUGGAUUUAUUCCACAUUUUGUUGUUUUACAGCCUGAAUUCAA